GGGGGGCAAGAGGGGGUGCGGGGUGCGUGUGUGUGUGUGUGUGCGUGUGUGUGUGUGUGUGUGUGCGGGGCGUCGGGCCGGCGGGCCCCGGCGCUGCUGAGCGAGAGAAAUGUGAGGCGGCUGCACCACUGCGGCGGCACUGCGGGCAGCGGGCGGCAGCCGGGCGGGAGCGCGCAGGCAGCGCGCAGGCAGCGCCCGCGCCCGCCCAGCCCCGCGGGACAGCGCGGACGGAGCCCGCCCGCCCGCACCUGCCGGAGUGGGGGGGACCGGGGGGCGCCCCAGCCGCAGCCCACCCCCCACCACCACCACCACCCCGACCAGCAGCCAGCCUGCGCCGUCGGCCGGGGAGUGUUGCAUCAGCCCCGGGCUCCGCGGCCGCAGGAGGCGGCGGAGGAGCCGGGGGAGGGAGAGCGGGCGGAAGGUGCCUCCCCGGCGGCGGCGCUACCUGCCGCCUCACCAACCCCCCUCCCCCCCCCCCUCCCCCCCCCCCCCCGCCCCGGCAGCCGGUCCCCGCCGAGCAUCCGGAGGCGGAGGAGCCGGCGGGAGCCCGGCGCCGCCGCCAGCGCUGCCUUUGUGCCCGGUGCCCUCCCCGCGCCGCCGGGGGAGCUGCGGGAAGAGGCGGCGGGGAGCGGGGCCGGCAACCGCGGCCCGGCCGGGAGAGGCGGCGGGGACCCGGCAGCAUCUCUUCGGGGAGCCGGGACAUCGCACGGACAGCGCCGGCAUCCUUCUGCCUUUCAGAUAACCUUUAGCCGCUUGGGCCUCCAGACCUCCGCCGGGGACGGAGCGGGGGGCUGGAGGCUGAAUUGGGGACACGGCAUCCCCCGGCCGAGGCACGGCGGGCCAAUGCAGCGAGCACGAAGCUGAGCUGGGAACAGAGGUGCCGGGGUCGGUGGGGAAAAGGUGUGUGGCAGCCCCGGCACCGGCCAAGGUGAGCUGCCCUCCGGCGCGGGAUGCUCCCUGAGCCCCUGCCCCGCGGGAGCUGCCGGUGACAGCAGGAGGGAGAGCCGGGAAGUCAGAGCAAAGGAAUUCGCAAACACAUUCUUCAGCACCACGAGGAUCCCCACGGCAAGUAAACAGGAAUAAAGGCCUUGUGGAGGUGGGAGCCUGGGCAAGGUGGGGGCUGCCCCCUGUUCCUGUGGGAUUCCCCUGGACUCACCUGUCCCAGGCAGUGCCUGGCACCACGGUCCCCACUUUACCAUUCCGGACCGCAGCUGAUCCGGCGUGAGAAGUGCCAGCGGAGGCAAAGGGGGGGCUGCCGAGUGACGGCCAAUGUCACGUUGACAUCCCAGCGUGGCGCUGCGGGGAGCCGACGCUUUGAUCACCCGCCCGAGAGCAUCCUCCAAGGCGGGCAGGAUGCCGCUGUGAGCCCUGCCUUCCCCUGCCCGCCCCGGCCUCGCGCCCAGCGCCCUCGGGGCUGGCCGAAGAAGAGGGGCGCGGGGCCCACUGGCGCUGCCCCGUCUCCCCAGGAUGCUCUUCCACGCCAGCGGCUGCUCCCCGUGCUCCUGCUCCGCGGCCAGACCGAGGUUGAAAGCUCAGCAGGCUGCCGGCAUGUUUUAGCCUCAUGCAGGCGUCCCUCAGAGACCCCAGAGCAGUGGACAGUAAUGUGAAAACGAUACUCAUGUCGUGUCUGAAAGGGCAACAGGUCAUCAUUAAAAUGGAGGCGAUGAAAAUCAUCCACCCGGAGAAGUUUUCGGAGCUGCAGGCCUCGCAGCCGCGCUACGCGCCAGCCCCGCGCCGUGAGCCGCCCCUCGUGGCCAAGCGCGCGUGGCCCUCCGAGUCCGAGAUCAUCGUCAACCAGGCGUGCGGGGACAUCCCCGCCCUGGAUGCCACCCCCGGCCCCCUGCCGCUGCCCCGGACUCCCCCCCUGCCGCGGCGAGAGCGCGGGUACCAGAGCCAGCGGAAGGGCAGCUCGGAGGUCUGCUACCACCGGCAGCCGCCGUCGGACGAGGUGAUCGUCAACCAGUACGUGCUGCACCCCUCGACGCCCUGCGAGCCCCUGGAGUGCCCCACCUGCGGCCACAUGUACAACUUCACCAACAAGCGGCCCCGCAUCCUCUCCUGCCUGCACUCGGUGUGCGAGGAGUGCCUGCAGAUCCUCUACGAGUCCUGCCCCAAAUACAAGUUCAUCUCCUGCCCCACCUGCAAGCGGGAGACCGUCCUCUUCACCGACUACGGGCUGGCGGCGCUGGCUGUCAACACCAGUAUCCUCAACAGACUGCCGGCCGAGGCCCUGGCCGCCAACCCCGUCCAGUGGAGCAGCGACACCGACCGCAGCUGCUACCAGACCUUCCGCCAGUACUGCGGGGCUGCCUGCACCUGCCACAUCCGGAACCCGCUGUCGUCCUGCACCAUCAUGUGAGCCCCGCAGCCCUGCCCCCACCUCCCGGCGGCGGGGCGGCCGGCGGGUGCGAGAGGACGGCGCUGCACCGUGGCACCGGUCCCUUCUCUGCCGGCGGCACAGCCCGGGGAUGCUCGGACGCUUGCCGUGGCCGAGGAUGUGGGACUGGCGUCCUCGCCGGCACUGGUGGGGGGCGAUGGGGACGCUGGGACCGUACGGCAGCCCCCUACGCCCUGCUGGUGCCCAGGGAGAGGGACGCUGGGAUGGGGAGCAUGUCCACCAGCGCAUCCAGGGGCUCCGGCUCCCCCCAUCCUGCGGCAGGAGCCCCCGCUGUGCAUCGAGCAUCCCACCACGCUCCAUCCCUGGGCACUUUCUCCCUCCUCUCUCCCUGCGGCUCCCGAGAGCGGACACUGGUCCCUGGACGGAGCGACACCCUCCCCAUCGCCCCGCGGCCAGCAGCGGCAGCACAAGGAGCCCUGGAGGUGCCCGAUGUCGUGCUGGGUUGCCUGUCUGGCAUGGGAGGCAAGGACAGGUCCCUGGACUCCCCCUCUCCUUCUCUGUAAGUUAUUUGCCAAAGCUUUCAUCUCAGCGGCCAAGCCGCCGUGCGCCCGAGUCAUUGUAGCCAUGCCACGCCGCCGCACUGGCCCCUCGGUUGCGAGCAGACACGCGGCCCGUUUCCUCCGCAGGCCCUUGAGGAAAGCUCCACUUUAUCCUCGUUUUGGAGGAUUCUUGUUUUUUCCCAGUCCAUCCCUGGCCGCCCCAUCUCAGGCCGCUACACGUUCACAAAGGCAUUGAGCUGUGCCCGUCCUCUGCCGCUCCACGCGGGGCCCUGCAUCGAUGCCCCAUGGGAUGGCUUGCGGGGGCAUCACGGCGUCCGGUAGCCCACAUUGCCGGCUCCAGCGAGGGGAUUUGGCUCUGCAGGGGGACAGAGGUCUGGCUCCUGCCCACGGUCCCUUCCCCGGAGCAGCACCUCUGCUCCGAGCCCUGUGCGGAGGGGCGGGCAGGGCGGCAGCCCCCUGUGCACAGUCUUGCUUUCUCCAGGGCACCUGGAGAGGUAAGUUUGCUGCCAAAAAAGCAAAAAAAAAAAAAAGAAAAAAACAAACCUAAAAAAAUAUAGAAAAAGCCAUAAUUUGCGGGUGCUCCUGCAGGGCUGAGCACCACAACCCAGCACGGCCACGGCACCAGGGGCACACGCUGCCCGGUCCCAGGGCACCGGGGCUGGGCCUGCCGGGGGGCCCCGCAGAGCCCGCACCCUGGAGGAAAGAGCAGCCCCCAGCACUGGCCGAAGCCCAGCAUCCAUCCAGGGAGAGGGGCCGAACCAUCCCCCCCGGCCACCCCGAGGGAGCAGGCGAUGCCACCGGCGCAGCCCCGGGUACCACCCUGCUCUGGCGGAGAACGCGGCCGAUACCGUUUCUGUGUUGCUCUGCCAAUGCCUCCCGCUGCUGGUUGUGACGAUGAUCAUGUUUUAUACCCGGCCUUGUUCUAACCCCCAUCAGUCUCCCCAAUAAAGAUUAUAUUGGAACGAA